UCAUUUUUGCAUUUGAUGUAGCUUCCUUGCGGCGCAUUAGCAGAAAACGGCGGGGAGUGGUGAGGUCACCACACUGCCCAAUGGACUUGGCUGCUCCUAUGUAGGGAGGCAAUGGACCGGGGUGGGAAAAGGAGAAACAGCCACCGCAAACUCUUCCAACCCAGCAGGGAACAAGGAUGCCAGCAACCACCUGUUGAGCGCAGGAUAUUGGUUGGCGUGGAAGUAAUGGGAGCUUGCCCACACCACACAAUCGACAAACACAAUCAAGUCAGGAACCUACCUCAGAUCACGAAUACUACGGCACACGGAAACAAAAGGGCCAACAAGCACACUCCUGUGUGCCAGCUGGGAUGGAGAGAUAUACAGUGCUUUGCUGGCAGUGAUGUGUUCUGUAAUCCUUUCCCAGCAACUUCAGCCCCCUGCCAGGCAGUCAGCCGUCUCCUACGCCUUCACUGAGCAACACAGAAACGGCUCUCCACAUGGUGUCUUGCAUUUGGAGAGUCCAUGUUUGAUUCCUGCAGGUCCUAUUGCUGAUGCGUGGUCCUUGAAUAACACAUAUGAACAGCCAUAUGAAGCUGAUCUCUGCCAUGAGGCUCAGGUGUGCCUUGUUGCUGCUCCUCUGCCUCUCUGGGCUGCAGGGGGCCGAGGGCAACAAGGAGAGUGGAAACAACCAGCAGCCGACCAAGAUGGACAAGAGCAAGCCUGUGCCCAGCUCAGGGGAGCUCAUCAGCAAAGACAACCACAGGUGCACCUGGGAGACAUCGGGGGAGGGUGAGGUCACGCUCCUAGUCAUCUGCAGCCACGGGGAGGAAUCCUACCAGUGCCGCUACAUGGGGCAGCCAGACCUGUGCCCCAGCUAUAGUGCCAAGUCCAGCCAGUACUGGAAGCAGGUGGUGGGGAAGCUGAAGAAGAAGAGGAACGCAUGCGAGGGGGAGAAGGUGCUGAAGACACGCACCUGCAAGAAAGCCCCUGUUGAGGCCCAUCUAACGCUGGAGGAGAGUGCUGUGGAAGACAGGGGCAAAGAGAGGUUGGAGAUGAAGCCGCUGGCAGAUCCUGGGCCGAGAGAGAAGGAGAAAGUGUCAUUGGCUGAGGAGAGGGACAGGCUUGGGGAGGUAAAUGACGGGAGCCAAGCGAUGGAGCCGCUUGAGAACUACUGUGCUGAAGGCUGGCAUUCUGUCUGCUCUUUCUUUGUUAAAUUCUUUGAUGGUUGAGCUGACGAACAUGUGCACACUUACUUGCGGUGUGUAUAAAGAGGAAGAAUCAGCCACAGACACAAGGUAACAAUGCAGGCAACCAGCUGUAAUUUUUGCCCAAUUUAUUAUUAAACAGAUUACAUUUUACUUUGAAUGUUUAAGUUGUAACUUGUCAGAUAUAAUUAUGGAACCUAA